AUGGUGGCCCACGAUGAUGGAGAAGACUUGUGUGGAUUCGAGCAACAACCAUCAACAAAUCUGGCAGACAAUAACUCCAGCAGUCAAAUUGCUGCUGGUCUCGACAUAUCAACUUCCAGAAAAACACUUCUCAACGGGGCUGGCACCUCUUCCAGCACAGGAGAAGGCAAACUACGCAUAUUGAAAGCCAUCGUAGAGGGAAGAGACGAAAUGUCCCGUACAGUCCCUUCAUCAACCAAAUCGUUUGUUUGA